AACCGCAGGGAGCUAAGAAGAAGAGACUCUCGGAGGCACAGAACAGAACAGUCUCAUAACCUAAUCCAUGGCUCUAUCUUGCAGCUUCAAAGGCGCAGACCUCAUUUCCAUUUCUCUCUCCUUCCGAUCUUCUUCUUCUAUCUCUAAAUUUCCCAAGUUCAGCAGAUUAUCUCUCCUUCCCCUCAAGAAAAUCUUCAAUUCUUCCCCUUUCUUUGUCCGUUCAUUGACGAAUUCUAGUGGAAACGAAAACAGCAGUGAAGAAUCAGAGGAGAAAUCCAAGAAGAAGAGACUCUCGGAGCAGUCAUCGUGGGAAACGAAGGACGCAGAGGGUAACGAUUAUCUCUACAGGCUCGGCAAAGAGGCGGAUAACAUGAACAUCGCCGUUGGUGCUAGGGCUGGCGUCAUCGACGACCUUUUCGCUGGAAAAUUUCUUGGGCAAGACUCGGAUAUUGUGUUUGAUUAUCGUCAGAAGGUAACCAGGUCAUUUGAGUACCUUCAGGGGGAUUAUUACAUCGCUCCUGCUUUCAUGGAUAAAGUUGUAUGCCAUAUUGUGAAGAACUACAUUGCUCAUCUUCUCAAUACCAAAGUUCCUCUGAUUCUAGGCAUUUGGGGAGGAAAAGGGCAAGGAAAGUCAUUUCAAACUGAACUUAUUUUCCAGGCCAUGGGAAUUGAACCUGUUAUUAUGUCUGCUGGGGAAUUGGAAUCAGAAAGAGCUGGUGAACCAGGAAGAUUGAUACGUGAACGGUAUAGGACUGCUUCUCAAGUGGUUCAGAACCAAGGGAAGAUGAGCUGUUUGAUGAUCAAUGAUAUUGAUGCUGGCCUUGGUAGAUUUGGAAACACUCAAAUGACAGUCAACAAUCAAAUUGUUGUUGGGACUCUGAUGAAUUUGUCAGAUAAUCCUACAAGAGUUAGUAUUGGGCAAGAAUGGCGAGAAAAGGAUGUUAUGAACAGAAUUCCAAUCAUUGUUACCGGAAAUGAUCUUUCAACAAUUUAUGCUCCCUUGAUUCGUGAUGGAAGAAUGGACAAAUUUUACUGGCAGCCUAACCAGGAAGAUAUCAUAAAUAUUGUUCGCAGAAUGUAUGAGAAAGAUGGCAUAUCAACGGAUGAGGUUGUAAGGAUAGUGAAUACAUUUCCUAAUCAAGCCUUGGAUUUUUAUGGAGCUCUUAGGUCCCGGACAUAUGACCGGUCAAUCUCUAAGUGGAUCAAUGAUAUUGGAGGUGUUGAAAAUCUUGGAAAUAAACUUCUCAAGCGAAGGAAGGAUGAAAAACUUCCAGUAUAUGUUCCCCCAAAGCAAACGUUGGAAGCUUUACUGGAAUCAGGGAAUUCUCUUCUCAAAGAACAAAAGCUGAUAAUGGAGAAUAAGCUUUCGAAGGAAUACAUGAAGAACAUGGAUGACUAGCAAGUAGGACAUGGUCAACCGCCAUUGCAGUGCCAUCCAUAUUGCAUUGGUAUGUUGUAAUUAGUUGAUUUGCAAUAUAUUGCUUUGUAUUGGAAGUACGAAUGGUAUUUUGAAUGAAAAAGAUCUCGAAAGAGCUUAAAACUCUUCUUUCUUC